UCGGUCGGAAGUCACCCCUUUGGCGACUGCCGGGAGCUUCGUCCCCUCUGGUUUUGGUUGGUUUGGGUUGUUUGUUUGUUUGUUUUUUCAUUAAUAUGGGAUUUGGCUCCUUCCAGCCCAUAUCAUUUCAGUCACAGCACAGAAAACCUUGAAGGUGUGCUGUCUGAAGCAUGGUUGAGGAUAAUGAAACUGUUAGGAGGACUAGAGCUAAAUUUGAUGAAACUAUCCAGUCUGAGAAGUUAGAUCUUGAUCAGGAAGGUUUUCCUGGGAAAGCAGUUCAACAGGAUUACCGCAUGCCUGAUCUCAUAACUGUCAGAGUACAAACAGACUCUGAUUCAUUCCAAGAUGUAAUUGUAAAAAUUGAAAGACCUACCUAUCAGAAACCAUUUCUGGGUGGAUUUAAGAACACGGUAACAGGAGUAGAAUUUCAUAAUGCAGGAUCACAAACGAUACCCAAAAAACGACCUGAGAAAGGAAUUCAGUUAUUUUGUAGGGAAACACAGACGGUUUUUGAAAAAAAUAAACCACAACAAACAAGAAAUACAACAUCAACACAGAUGACUAAAAUUGGCAUGUAUGUGUCAAAUGUGACUGACAAACUAGUAAUUCCUGGAAAGUAUCUUACAGCAGAAGAAUACCAUAAACGUAGACUGGAAGCCGUAAUAGUAUUACAGAAAUAUUUCCGUCGUUGGCUUGCUAUAAAUGUAGUACAAAAUCUGAGAAAAGAGAAGAGGUUAAGGCUGGCAUGGGAGGCACAAGAAGAGCUACGAAGAAAGAAAGAGAAAGAAGAAAAACUGAGAAGGGAGCAUGAACGAAGACUGAACCCUAAAACAAAAGAUGACUUUGAGCUUUUGUACCAUGCUCUGGAAUUAUGGAGGCAGGAGGAGACUGAACGGAUUAACAGCACUUUUACUGGAGCUGAAAGAAAGGCAGCGUUUUGUGGCCUUCUGGAAGAAGAGGUCCAGCUGAUUGCUUCCAUUGGGAAACACAAACUCAAUGCAGACGAGGAGAAUCGACAAAAAGCAAUACUGCGCUUUCUGGAUAAGUGUGCACAACCUAAGAGAUGGAGAGCGUAUGAUGGAAAAGUCACUGAAAUGGAUACACAGUACACACUCCGCGCCAGAGAGCUAUUUGAAAUCUACUGCAGCAUUAGCAUGAAUGACAUCCCGAAAGAAGAGAGGAUAGAUGUGCUGUUAACACUCAGACGUACAGUAAAGGAACAUGAAUGUAAAUUGACACAAGAAAUAGUGGAAUUAAUUGACAGAGAAGUUGAUCUUAUGUCAAGAGAGGUGAAAGAAUGCAACUUAGAAGGACUGAGGAAAAGAAUUUGCACAUUAUUUCUUCAAUACAUUAAAACUCCGAAGUUUAACCCUCAAGUUGCUAGAAUACUUAAGGUUCCACCAGAUCCCUUAAAGCUUUAUAAAAAUGUUAACUUCUGUCAUGGCUGCGAAAGUUACUUACCCUCUAAUGAGUUUCCUGUUCCUGCUAAUUCCUGCACCAUUGGCAGAUGUCGCUUGUGUUGCAAGCUUGAUAAUGAGGCUCGGCGACGAGAAGCGUUUUUGAAGUACAAACUUAUACUAGAAAAUCUCAGAAAGUCUGAAGUUGAUUAUCAGGAUGGUGCUAAAAUUGUUUUCUUAGUUCAGCAUGAAGAUCUGCAGUACAUGAUUGAGAACAUAUGGGGCUGUCAGUCAGCUCUCAGUGCCUGCAGUGACCUCUAUGAUUUGGUUAUGGUCAGAUGGGAUAAGCAGCAUGAGUGGUCUCCAUGGAACACUAUUCUCCUCACUAAAGAUGAGGCAGAUGCACAUCUUAAGCUGUGUAGCCUCGAGAAGGCUUAUGAAGAGGCGUUUAUUCGCAGAAUAAAUCAUAAGCAUAUCCGGGCAAAAUACUACUAUGCUCAGAUUCCAGCAAUGGCAUCAUUUUUGCAUAAGAGUGACAAUCAGGCUAAUGCAAAUGAAUUUUUAAUAGCUACGCCUAUUCCUACUGGUACAAAAACAUAACUCUUAGGUGAAGUUAACUGAAGUUAUGAAAGUUAACUGAAUUAUUGAUUAAAACAAUUUCCUUGGUUUUAAAGAAAUGUACUUUUUCACCAAUACUUUAAUUGUAUUACACAGAUCAAAAUAAAUGUCUAAGAAUAAAAUAAUUUAAUCUUGACCAGUCAGUAUAAAUGCAUUUCAUGUUUUGUAAUCUCAUUAUUUAAAAAGUAAAAUGUUGUUGAUAAGCUUUGCACAUUCUAAAUGUUUAGAGGAAUGGCUGUCUUUCUGUGUAUGCCUGUAUGGCUUGGAACAUUGUGUAUGUAGUGUAAUAUUCCCGCUGGGGGAAUGUACCUAAUUCAUUGUCACGUUUUAAUUUGAAAAAUAAUGCUAUAAACACUGUAUUAAAUCUAUUUCUCUUGUCUUAACCAUACAAGGCAGAAACCUCCUCAAACCCUAAAUUCCUACAGAACAACAGAAUUGAUAUGCCCUUCCAAAUGUAGCUGCUUUGCCUUGCAGGCAUUUGUGCAAAGGGAUAACUACUUUUUAUAGCUCAUCUUGAUGGUCAUAGUAGAACUGCCAGUAUGUAAUUAUUGUAUCCAAGAUCUUGAAAUUAUUGUAAAUCAGACUUGUAAUUUGAAAUACACAAUGCAGACUGUUUGCAACACGUUUAUUUUUUGAGGAGCUUGUGUUAUUUAAAGUAGAAGUCAAUUCUCUCUCAAUUAUUUUGUUAUGCUUAUGUUUGAUUAUAGGCACAGAGAAAAAUAUGAUAUGGUGUAUAUUCAGUAAAGCCCUACAGAUAGUUGCAAAGUUCUGCUUGAAACCUCUAUUCUAGAAAUGGUUUUGACCCAGGACAAAACCUUUUGCUCUGACAAAUAAAACUGCGUAGGAAAAAGCAGUAGCGUUUACAAACUGAAAUAAGCAUAUAUCUGGCAGCAAACACCUGGAAACUGAUUGCACUCCCUCAACAAAACAUUCACUGCAUAACCAAUAUCUGACUGAUCAGUGAAUUAUAAUAUCAAUGGAGUCUUUCCGUCAAUGUUAGCAUUAAAUUCAGAUUCUGGAUUUUAGUUGAGUACUGAAUUAAUGGUAGAAUUGCAGCACCUGAGCAUUCUGGUUAACUUAUGUGCUUUGCAGUAUCUGAGCCUUGAGGCAGAAAUGAUUGCUAAGAUUUAGCUUCUUCCAGAUUGCUAAAAGGAUUUUUGAAGAAAAUUAUGAGUUGAAUGGCAAGAAGGAAAACAUGAAUCAUGUAGAUAGUAAUCUAUGUCUUUAUAAAUUUGUCGCCUAUCUCUUUAAACGGCUUUUAAAAAAUGUACUUUGCAACCCUAGAAGGAUGAUUUAAAUAAACAGUAAGGAAAUAAUUCAAUCAAA